AUGAGAUGGACUUUGAGUGCAGAAACUGCCGAUACAGCCCAAAGUGCAAUAAAAUGCACCUGAUAUUUUAAAGAACACAUUUAUUAUUGCAGAUCAUCGAAAGGAGAAAUCAACUUCAUCUAGGGGCCAAGAACAAUUCAAAUUAUGCCCUGGAGGAACACCUUUGUUUUCAUAUUUGAAUAAUCUCAAAGAAGACCAAGAAGAAGAGAAAAAAGAGGCGAUUCAUUUGAGGACACAGCAUUCAAGGAGACGGCAGCGAGUGCUCUUUACACCUGAACAGGCAAGUGUAACUUUACAACGGCUUUUAUUAAAGUUCAAAACAACUAUUUAUAUUUAUAUCUUUUAUAAACUUCAGAUCCAAACUUUGGAAAAUCGCUUUGAGAACGCCAAAUAUUUGACGCCAAGUGAGAGGGACCGGUUGGCCGCGAAACUUGGCCUAACUUCCACGCAAAUCAAGAUAUGGUUCCAGAAUCGUCGGUACAAAAGAAGACGGAUAGAUCAGGAUCUGGCAUUGCAGAGUGUUGGGCUUGGGCUGGGAGUUCCCUUGGUAUGUUUUGUAAUCAUCAUUGAUUUUAUGUGAAUUUAUAUUUAAAAUUACAAAUUACAGAUGGACCCGAUGAUGAAUGACAUCGGAACUCCAAAUUUACACGAUCUCAUCUUCAGUGGCCGAAAAUAA